AUAUUUGGCGAUUUCGAGCCGCCCGGCGCCGGGAGGACGGUGGCCGCCCUGAGUCACGGGGGCGGACGUAACGGACGGGGCCCUGGGCCUCGCUCCUCGCCUUAUUUAGUCAAGCAGGCGAGCCAUUGGCCCGCGGGACAAAGGCGGUCCAGGCCGGUGCGCGCGGAGACCCCCGGCUGUGCGCCUGGGGACGCGGGGGAGGGGUGUCCCCGCCGGAGCCAGCGCCGCGCACGGGAAGGGGGCGCUGUGAUUUUUGUCUUUUGCAGCCCGGCAGGGCGAGGCCUCGCCCAGGGCCGGGCGUUCUGGCCGCCGUGGAUGGGGGCGGGUCGGCCCGAGGGGGUGUGUCCUCCCGGUGUAAAGACUCAGUCUGGAGAAAUGAUAGGAAUUUUUUCUGUGCUGGCUUCGGGUAGUUCUCGCUGUGACCCGCGUGCGCCCUGGUCCAUAUUCCGGUCGUUUAAUGGACAAGAACACAGCAGCGCAGGAGGUGACGAGUCGGGGAGGUUCACUGCAGUCGGGCCCGCCCUGACCUCCUCCCGCGUGCCCUCUGCUGCCUGUCAGUUCCCUCUUCGUGCUUGGCACCUUGCUCCCGAGCACAGGCUCCACCCACCUAGGCACUGCCGUCCUUCCUAGCCUAGCUGCCAGGCUUCCUGUUAGGCAAAUGGGACAAGGAGCCUGGGCCUGGGCCUCCACACGCUGCCCCUCCAUCUGCCAUCGGGCAUGUCAGCCUAACCCUGGAGCAGCAGACGCUGAAAACGCUGUGAGACCCGCUCAGCUGUGGAAUGCAGCAAGGGCGAGCUUCCACACUGACUUCGAGGGGAAGUGCUUUAAGAAAACAAGUUUGGGCUGAGACCACGAGUACACUUUGCCUUAAUAACUGGCUGAAGAGACCCUUCGGUGAUGGCCUCUAAUUUUAAGAAAACAAACAUGGCAUCCAGUGGCCAGAGAAAAAGGAUGAGCCCUAAGCCUGAACUUACUGAAGAACAGAAACAGGAAAUCCAGGAAGCUUUUGAUCUCUUCGAUGCUGAUGGAACUGGAACUAUAGACAUCAAGGAACUAAAAGUGGCAAUGAGGGCCCUGGGCUUUGAACCCAAGAAAGAAGAAAUCAAGAAAAUGAUAAGUGAAAUUGAUAAGGAAGGCACAGGAAAAAUGAACUUUAGUGACUUUUUGACAGUAAUGACUCAGAAAAUGUCUGAGAAAGACACCAAAGAAGAAAUCCUGAAAGCCUUCAAGCUCUUUGAUGAUGAUGAAACUGGAAAAAUAUCCUUUAAAAAUCUGAAACGUGUGGCCAAGGAGCUGGGUGAGAAUCUGACUGAUGAGGAGCUGCAGGAAAUGAUCGAUGAGGCUGACCGAGAUGGAGACGGAGAGGUCAGUGAGCAGGAGUUCCUGCGCAUCAUGAAGAAGACCAGCCUCUACUGAGACCGGGUUUCCUUUCCUCUGCAAGCACAUGUGACUAGAUUUAGUGUCGGCCAUUUCAUGAAAUACGGCUUUUGAUAGCCUCCCCCCAACCUCUGUGGUAAUUUUAGCCGUGACCUUGAAUCUAUCUUUGACCUUUGGAAGUGUUCUUUGAUAUUAAGUUCUUUGUCCAUUUGCCUGCUGGCUAAUUUUCAACAGGGCAGAACAGGAGCGUGUGGAGAGGGAAAAGGUCUGAAAGUGUGGCGCUCCAUCCUCCCUGGCUUCAUGUUGCUCACGCAUUUCCAUCUGGCUACACGCACACAGUGGCUUCUUAGGUGUCCAGUGGUUUCAGCUUUUAGUUGACAACACAGUUUUGUUGUCUUAUAAAACUCAGUGAAUGCUUACCGUGGCAUUUGAAUGGUGUUCAUACAUUUGUUUUGUCUUUAAAAACAAAACCUUUCUUAAUUAAAAAAGAAAACACUUUUGACUCUUCCAUGAA